GAUGCCACUGGCUGCUUUUCCAGACGGAGCCCCAAAGUCCCUGCGCUCAUGAUCUUUGAGAGCCGAGGGAAACAUUUCUCUGACACAGACUGAUGACUCAUGUAGGCUUCAGUUCUGAAUGUAUAAAAACACAAAUCCUCUACAAAUGCUGCAUUAAAGAGAGCUACCAGCACAGAAGAUAUACACUGAGCGGUACAGUCACACGGUGAGCCUCAGUGAACGUGCUUUUGCAGCAGCACAUGGCGGUCUGAAGGACUCCGUGGAGCUGUGAAAAGAACACUGUAACAUUAAUGCCAUCAUAGCUGAUGUGAGUGAAACAACAGAAGCUGUGCUAUCAGUCUGAUAAAAAUAUGAAUGACAUGUCACUGCUGCAGAAUCUUAUUAUUUUAAUCACCACAUCCUUAAUUUGACACAACACAACUUUCCGACUGACAGGACAGAUUGCAGGAUGGGUUUGUUGCAGCUCGACAGUAUGUUCACACACGCGCGCGCGCACGGCUUCAUUAGCUGAUUCCACACUGUUCUCGCGAGCAGGUGUGAUAGUCCUUGACACACACUCAAUAGAAGACAGACCAGUGACAUGUGACUGAACAUGUGCUGCCAAGCAUGGAAGCAGCAUGAGAAACAGUAACCAGUAUUAGGAGUGAGAAGACUUGAUAUCGAGCUAAUGAAGAACUUUUUACAAGCAGAACAUUUUCCCCACUUUGAAUAACAUUAAAUUUUAUCACUUUAUGUUUAAAAAUAUCAUAUAUUUAACAUAUGAGCCGAGUAGGCCUCUUCGCAAAUUUGACCAUGUGUUUCAAUUCGAGUCCAAGCACAGAAAUAAGAAGCUUUUCCAACAUUUCAGAAAAUUAUGCCAGCUGCGAAAAGUAAUUUACUAAAGUGCUGUACUUGUGAGUAAUUUUCAGCACUUUUUAUCCCACAUUUCAAAUGAAAGCAUAAUACUUUCAAGCCCCUACAUAUUUUACAGCUUUACCAUGGUAAACUGUUAUAUUACAGGACUGUACAUCCGAAAAGACAUCCAAUAUAGUGUAUUGUAAGAAUUGUAAGUCUUUGCAAACCUUUAUGUUUAUGACUCUUUAUUUUAAAGUACAACCUCAGAAAGGUGUGUUUGACAUGUUUCAGACACCUGAGGUAUUUUUUAGAUCCACUAAACUUCUGAAAUGUUGAAUUUAAAAAAGAGUUGAAGGAACAAGGAUGUUAAAUAAAUUGGUAUUUCAGAAAAAAAAGAUGAGAGGUCUAUUAAAGGAGUUUUUUUUAACUGAGAAUGUUAGAUGCAAAUAAAGAAGCUAAAAUAACAUAACCUUAAAAUAGCUGCAGAAGACUAAAUGUUACUUACAUACAUGCAUCAGAAUGAACUUUUUGAGGAUGCAGUAGUAUUAUGUUAUCAAUCAAAUUAAUAAAUUAUUUUUAUACCUAUAGUUCUGCCAAUACUUACUUGAGGAGAGUUUGCAGGGAGCACUGUUGCUUAUGAUGAAGUGUUCAGACAUAGGUCUCUAUACACUAUUUAUAAAAAGGAUGUCAAUACGUCCUCUGCAGCAGCUAUUUUUACAUGUGAAACUGUACAUCAUAGUUCAUGAAAACUGUGGUAAAAAUGGGCAGCGUUAAUUAAAACAAAGCAAGGCCUCUCUGCGUAAGCUCUGUGUACGUUUGCCUGUGUGAAAACAGUGAUAUUGCCCUUUUUUGUUCUCUCUCUUGUGCUUUCUAUGUUGUGGAAAUAUUCAGUUAGAAUCUUUGAGUGAUUUCCUGUCAAAAAAAAUACAACCGUUUCCUGAGAGAUACACAAACCCACAUUUUGUGUGUGUGCGUGUGUGUGUGCGCGCACAUGUGUGUCCUUUAGAGAAAGAGGAAGACUGAGCAGCACACCAUAAAGGUUAGGGUUGAGAAAGAGCUGCUAUCGGUCUAGGUAAGAAAGAGAAAAAAUCAGAACGCUGGCUUGCAAAAGCUCAGACUCCCAGACAAACAUUUGAAACAGCAAGAGGUGGGUAUCAGAGCAGGCAGGACAGCUACUUCAGCCGUGUUUCCAGUGUAAAGCAAACACGGUACAGACAAAAAAGGCUUGCCUGAGGUAAAUUAAAAAAAAAAAAAGUUGAAGUGAAGGUAAAGAGAAAGAGAGAGAGUAGUUGGCAAUAAGGAGCAGAAGAAGAAGCAGAUCUGGAGAGACGCUGCAAUGGAAAAUUUGAAUAUCUACCAUGGACCCAUUGGUAAAGAAGAAGGGGAGCGGCGGCUGGCCCAGGACGGGCGAGAUGGGUGCUACCUGCUCCGCAACAGUGAUUCUGUGCCGGGUGUCUACUGCCUGUGUGUGCUGUGAGUAUACACACAGAUUGUGCAUCAUCAGUCUUUGUCCUCCCUCUUACUGGGACCUUUGUAAUCACAUCAACACAUAACUUUAUUUUCUGCUAUUACAGAGAUUAUUGAUCUCCUCACAUUUAAGAAAAAGCACAGAGGCAUAAACAAGCCGAGUGUCAACUGAAACCCCAAAAUGGGAUGGCCUUUUAUUUAGUGUGAAAUGUGAGUCCCACAGGAGCAAUAAUGGCAACAGCAGAAGCAAAUACUUAUUUCAUUAAACCGAAAGAUGAUCCCAGGGUCAAAGUCAUUUGUCUGUGUGUGUGUAUGUCUGCAGGAGCAGUGGAUACGUCUACACAUACAGGCUUCACCAGGACAACUCAGGGACCUGGGCGGCAGAGGUGACACAUUUUAUCAUGUUUCUUAUUCUUUGUUCAGAUUAAAACUUUACACCACCAGCAGAUUCCACCUCACUUUCAUUGGUGAUUGUUAGAUUCUCAAUGAAAGAUUAUUAGAUCUGAAGGUUGUUUGGGUGCUGGCUUAAUUAAGUAAACCUUUUUUUGUUAGGGCACAUUGCUUUCUCUGUAGCACUGACACCCUGCGUAUCCCCCUGAAACCUGACUUACAUUUAAGACACCACAGCAUCAGCAUACACUCCAGAGAUGGGAGUUGCAGAAUUGCAUUUGACAGCAUUUCUGAUGGGAUAUGUAAUUGAGCACUGAGGGCUGGCUAGCACCCUGAAAUGUGGAUGUACAGAAACAUCUGAAGGCUACGUCUUUCUCUGCGUGACAACUAAGCAAGAUGUUGUUGUAACUACAUUUCACCCUCGCUCAUCUUUACUGACAGCAUCAAGAGAACAGAUACAAGGUAAAGCUUUGAAUUACACGCAUUUCACUUCAAGCUCAAUAACAGUUUACAUUAUUCAUGCCCAAAAUCAAUCACUUUAAUGAAAUAUUCCAGGGAACAGAGGUAACACUUGUGGCCGGAGACAGAAACAACUAAAGUGCUUUGCUGUGGAAAGUGCUCCCUGCAUUUGAUUAAAUGAUUUCAAACUGCAUUCGAGGAGCAAGGUUUACCACACUUUCUUCUUGCAUGAUUGAUUGCAGAGAGUAAAGACAAAUACAAAGGCCUUACUGGGCAAAAUUAUAGCACUUUAAAAUAUCUGAUUCUCAAUGGUUUAGAGAUAAAAAAUGUUAAACAUACAGCUGUGAGUAAAAAGGAAAAUUGAUUUAAGAUGAAAAAUCACACUGAACUCUCUGGAAGGUCCUUGGCGCGCUUGAAAUUUCACUGACUCCUGAUGAAAAGGUACUUAAGUCAUAUUAGAGCUCCUUUUCAGCAGAAGAUAAAUUCUGAUUGACUUGUUUUAUUUUGAUUUUAACCUCAGCUGCUUUCUAAAUGUGAAUUAUUUCAGUUAUUUUCCCAGCCACAAUGGUGAUAAUGGGACACUUUCAGCAUUUGAGAUUUCACACAUGAAUCCUAAAAUAAAUGCUUUUUGUUGUGGUUGUUUAUUGAAAAAACAACCCAGGGGAGUGGACGCUUUCCGUGGUUACUGCGACCAGAACUUUCUAUUUUAGCUUUAAAACCCCUCGAGUCUUUGCUCCACGCUUUCAGAGUAGUUUUACAGCAAUUACAGAUUGACUUUCUCUUGCAUCAUCUUAUUUUUCUUUGUGUUCUUUUAUUUUGUUGAACAUGAGCUCAGCAUGGAUCAGUGGGCUAGAUAUAUAAAAGAAAUAACUGAUGAUUCCCAGCCCAUGCCUUAGCACUGUGCAUUUCUGGCUCCACUUUUAGCGUGUCUGAUGUCUUUUAUCAGGUGAAUCUGUGUGAGCUCAUUUCAAGCCAGUCCUGUCCUGUCCUCUUCAUUUCCCUGUAGGGUUUGAUGUGCAGACAGAGAUGGAAAAGCUGAAUUUAUUCUACCCUUUUCCUUGUGUUUCAGACCACUCCUGGUGUGCAGAAGCGAUAUUUCCGGCAAAUCAAGAACUUGAUAGCAACUUUCCAGAGGCCCGGACAAGGAAUUGCCAUGCCUCUGCUCUACCCUGUCACUGCUCAGAGACGGGCAUCAACACACACAGAGGCUCAGGCGCCCGGUAAUAGCCUGUCACCGACACACAGCAGCCCUGACUCUUACCUCCAGCAGGACCUGCCGCAUGGUGCUGCUCAGGGACAGAAAAACAGGAACAAGAAGGAGGUGCGGCAGGCUGUCGGUUAGGGGCAAUCCCAAAGCUCUCCGCUGACCUAAUUAUAAACAAAAACGCCGUCUCUGUGUGGUUCCCGCUGUUGCAUUUUUCACGCCAUGUGUGGAAUAAAAUGUCAUUUCUUUCCAAUUAAGCAGCUCCUGUUUGUUAAGUCCAAGUCAUUUCAGUUCUAGCAGUGCCUCAGAUCUGCUUCCAGUACCUCUUUUUUUUCUCUACAUGCAGCACAGAAAGGGUCUCAUAACUUUCAGAGAUUUGAUGUAAAAUAUUCAGCUGCUGAAACAUUAAUAUCUAUUACUGCAUUCCUACGUUGACAGCAAAUAUUGUGCUAUUCUCUUAAUGCAAUUUGGUUAUGUGACUGGCAAAGAAAAUAAAUGACAUUGGUUGAAAUAAACUCUUUC